AUGGCCCCGCAGGCCAGUGCCGAGCAACGGAGAAAACACGGACUCAACGACGACAACAACCAAUCACGACAAGGGAAGAGAGGGAAGUACACUUCGGUCGCAUGUGAGGAGUGUAAGAAGCGAAAAUCCAAGUGCAUCCCAGCUGGGGAGUCAGGCUGCAAGCGCUGUCUCGAAGGCAGACUGGCGUGCAUCUACACACGUGCGCCGCCACAGCUAGUUCGGGACAAGGCCGAGAGCCACCAUGAAUACAGACAGAGUCUUCACCUAGCGCAACAAAAUCAGCGCAUCGAGUCAUUGAGCAGUGAAGUGACACAAAUUCGGCAGCAGCUGGCUGACCUGACUGGGGCCGUGAAUCGGUUGGGAGAGGCGAAGCAGGCACUCCCAGGAAGCUUGCGACCCCUGUCUCCGGCAGCCUCACAAGGCGCUCCUUUGGUCCAUUCUCCUACCAGCCAUAGCCGGAGGGAUAAUGUGUCACAACAGCCUCAAUUCAUGGGCCCGACGAGGCCAGCCUUUGGCCUGGUCAUGGGCGAGCGCGCUCUAACCCGUAUGGGCAUCCCUGUGUGUGACUCCGUCCCUCCUAGCGGCGCGCAAUCCCCUACAACCUCUUCUCAUGAUCCCACGUGUUCAGCUGUAGCCCGUGAGUACUGGGCGUCCUGCAGUCCGGACGAAGUCAGGAGACUUCUAGAGGUUUGGCAUGAUGAGGUCGAGAUGGUCUAUCCCUUUAUCGACCUCAGGGAUCAGGUAUCUCAGUCACCCGAGUUGAUAGAACGCUUCCGGACAGCUGCAAGAAUGGAAAAUCAACACUUUGGAGUUGAUACACGGGAUAUUGACCUUUUCAAGGUCGCACUAUCGACUGCCAACGUCUGCGACUCAGGCGGCAAGAACGAGCUUAGCACCGCAAUUGUCGACUCUGUGGAGAGUAACAUCUCGAGGCUCUCGAAGUCGAACACAAAUUUAAAGAGCAUCCAGCUUCUUAUGAUGCUGAGUAUCUACUAUUUUCAUUCCGGUGAAGAUCUCCUUAGUUGGCGAACCAUCGGAUUGGCGGCGCGAGAAGCCCUCGAGAUGGGCCUGCAUCGCAAGGAAAGCACGCUCGAUCGUUUCAGGGACCAACUGUCUCGCGCCAAAGCUGCGAGAGUCUUUUGGUGCCUGUACGUGCUCGAUCGCCGCUGGAGCUUCGGGGCUGGCCUUCCAUUUGCCAUUUCUGAACGAGAUAUCGAUCCUGAUCUUCCAGAGCCAGAUGCCGAGUUCGCCUACCUUAGAUGUAUGGUGAACUAUGGACGACUUAAUUCUGAGAUCUGGGAUGCUAUUCCACCUUUCGGAUCGGGGCCACAGUCAAUUCCUGAAGACACCGCCAACUCUUUGGAAGCUAGGGCCCUUGACUGGCUCGAAUCCAUCCCUACAGAACUUCAACUACGCCAUCCUCGCCUCGGCCUUGCGCCACAAUCACAGCCGGCUGGCCUCCAGCGACUUCGCACGUUACUCUAUCUACGGGGAAACCACACACGCUCUCUUAUUCAUCGAAAUCAUAUUCUAGAUGGCCCCAGGAUAUCUGGCAAUCUACAGGGUGCUUGGCUUGUCGUCGACAUUGCCAUGGACAGCAUUCAAGUCCUGAUGCAUCUGAGUGCUACGACCGACAUAUACAAGCGGCAGCAAAACGCAUUCAACUAUUUUCUGCUCAGCGCCCUAGCUAUCAUUGUCCUCGCAGUGUGUAACGCACCGGAGAUCUUUACGGGACCAUGUAGAAAAAGCUUUCUCGAUGCUGUUGAACUGGUCCGCGGGUUCUCACGUCACAGUAAUGUGAGUAUGCGGCUGUGGAAAACAAUCAAUGGAAUUCUUCCACGGCUCGGGCGCCUCGGCCUGCAGCGUUCUGAGGGACUUAGUUCAUCAUCUACCGGGAAGACACCAGCUGUCGUUGCCGCCCCUGGUCAAUUCGGCCCUUCACUUGGUCAUUCCUUGGGAGCUGAGCUUGAGCCAUAUAUGCCAGGCGUGGACCCGCACAGUGACCUGGUAUCCAAUGCGAACUUCAUGUGCGAGUCACCAGAUCUUUCACAAAUGGGGACUGACCUCCUAUCUUUGUUUGAUGCAUUCGGCCAUCGUUAUGCACAACCAGCGGACUACUACUCUGCCAACGCGUAUGCUUUGAACGACUUCGAAUUUUUGAGCGAAAUUGGUGGGGAGGUUUCGAGGCGCUUUGAAGGGCUUAUAUAA